GUUUCAUCUUUGUGUGAGCUUGAAAGCUUAACAAACAGCUGAAUCUGCUGAAAAGGCUUACAGGUGGAUUAAGAUGGAGCGUCCAGUGUCUGCAGCCAUCCUCACCACAACUACAAAUUACUCCCUUAAUCCAAAGAUGAAGAACUCAACACAAUCUCUUUGUGAAGUCCCAGCAUAUUUUUCAAAUGUUUUCAUAAUUGCAUAUUCACUUCUGUUUCUUGUCAGUCUGGUGCUGAAUUGCAUCAUAAUGCGGGUGUAUUUCUGCAACGACCACCGAGUCCAGUCCAGCGCCAGAGUCUACAUGAAGAACCUGAUAGUAGCUGAUUUCUUCUUUUGCCCUUCUUUACUUUUGCGCAUUGCUUCCUAUGCCGACUAUACAGAGAUAAUGUGCAAUAUUUACUGCAGCUUUGGAGCAGCAGCCUUUUACAUCAACAUGUAUGCAAGCAUUUUCUUCAUGGACUUCAUCGCAGUAAACAGAUACCUGAAGAUUGUCCGGCCAUUGGAGACUCAUACUCUGCAGACAGUUCGUACUGCCCGCUACAUUUCUUCAGCAAUUUGGUUCUUCUUGUUAGUUAUAGCAUCUGUAUAUGUGAUCCUCUAUCUCAGCACCUCCUGGGAUGAAAAUUGUGAUGCAUUUACCUGUGAACCCAGGAAAAGUUCCCAGGUCAGUGUGAUGUACAAAUCCAUCCAUUGUGUCGCCCUUAUGUUCUUCAUUUUUCUUCUGACUUCUCUGCUUUUUCUCUACUGGAAGACUCUCAAAAAGCUCAGAGAAGUUCAGUUGUCAACACAGACUGACUUCAACAGGGAAAAAUUAACAAAAUCUAAGCGAAACAUGCUAGUGUUAGUUGUCAUUUUCUGUGUGUGCUUUGUGCCCUAUCACCUGGUUAGACUACCCUACACAUUUAUCACACCUUUACUGAAUGACUGUACAUCAAUUGAUGGAUUAUACAUCCUGAAAGAGGCAUCCAUCCUGCUUGUAGCACUGAAUGUCUCAUUGGAUCCACUUAUUUACUUUUUCUUUAGCAAGGCAUUUAGAGAGCAGAUUAACUUGAUGAGUUGUCGAAACUGUCCAUAA